CAAGUGUAGGUUGGUACAGCAAGACUCUCCAUUAAUAUAUAAUAAAGGUGUUUUUGUGACUAAGUGUAAAGCGUUUGCAAGUAAUUGAACGUCAUUCUGCAAAAUUAUUUUUAGAUUCUGGUGUUCUCAGCGAAGAAAUAUUUAAGAUGUCGGAGGAUCACAACUAUCGUGAUAAAUCAUUUACGUUAAGAGAUGGAAUUAAGGUGCCUGCGAUUGGAUUGGGCACCUAUCGUAUCAACAACUACGAUAUCGUGUAUGAGACUAUGAACAAUGCACUGGCUCGCGGCUACAGGCUUUUUGAUACUGCCGCUAUUUAUGGAAACGAAGAGCAUUUAGGAAGAGCCUUACGGGAGCUCCUUCCGCAACAUAAUCUUCAAAGAGAAGAUGUUUUUAUAACCACCAAGUUGGCGCCAUCUGUUAAUAACAAGUCCGUUAGGCGGGCUUUUAAUCGUUCGCUUACCAAUCUGGGAUUAGAUUACCUGGAUAUGUACUUAAUAAAUUUCCCGGGAUAUGCGAAACAAAAUCCAAAAGGCGCUUUAAAUAAAAAGAGGCGCGAGGAGACUUGGCUUGCGAUUGUUAAGUUAUACGAUGAAGGUAAGGUCAAUGCAGUUGGGGUAUCCAACUUCACUCUGAAGCACCUCCGUGAAUUGACCGAUGUCAUGGCUAUUGGACCUAUGGUCAACCAGAUCGAAUAUCACCCGUACUACGUGGAUACCGAGUUGAUGCAAUAUUGCCUUCAAAACAACAUUCUAGUUCAAGCUUAUAACUCGUUUGGCGGACUGUCGUUGAGGAACAAUGAUCUAAUGGAGGAUCCGGUCGUCAAAAAGAUUGCUAACAAACACGAAGUUACUAAUAGCCAAGUUCUACUGGCCUGGGCCCUGCAGCGUGGAGUUGCUGUGAUUCCCAAAUCUGUCACUCCAGAACAUAUGGAAGAGAACAUUAUGAUCAACUUAAAACUAACAGAACGCCAGAUGCUAUCCCUCGAUGCUCUGGCUGUCAAAAAUAAGAAGUACUCGUGGGAUCCCAUUCAUAUUGCAUGAAUAGCAAAACGGUAUCCCGACGUAUUUCUUGAAACGUCUGGGAUACUGUUACCAAUGCGAAAUAUUAAAUAUUUUAGUUUUUGGUUUAUUUCUACGCUUGAAUAUCGUUUGCUUGCCCUCCCCGUUCAGCGAGUUCGGCCAAAGUUUUGUAUUGUUCUCUAGGAUUGGGCUAACUUGACAUCUACAUCUUUAGCCUGGUUCAUAAAAUAUACUACAUAUAUUUCGCGACAAUAUAUUCUUUUCAGGAACAAAAUGAACAAAAUUAGCACCUAUGGUUUUUUUUUUCUUAAAAAUUAAAUUUUUCUGAAAGUCCUGGCUGUAUAGGUUUUUUCACACAGUUGUACUGCGAGACUAGCAUAAGGAUGAUGAGAUGAUAAACAAUUUUCUUUAAAUUUAUAUUAAAUAAUAUAGAUAAAAUUUUAGUAGAGUUGAAUGAUGUUAUUAAUCAAAUUAGUAGUGUCUUUCACUUGAAUUACUUCAAUACUGCUCCGUCUUGAUAUAUACCUAUCUUUGUGUCAAUUUAUAAAACUAUAUUAGGAUAAUGAUGUACGAUUUUUAAAUUAUAGACGUGCGUGUUUUAAACUAUCGAUGUCGGUUUUUGAUCUAUUGAUGUUCGUAUUUUAACUUAUUGAUGUUCGUAUUUUAAAUUAUUGAUGUUCGUAUUUUAAACUAUUGAUGUACGUAGUUUAAUUAAAUAAA